AUGAUCAUCAAACGGUGGCACUCCAUAAACCUAAAGAAACCCAUUAAACUGGGUCUUAAGGAAGUGAGUAGACAACCUACAUCCCCUGUGAGAACAAGAUUUGCUCCAUCCCCAACAGGAUUCCUUCAUUUGGGUUCAUUAAGAACUGCACUGUAUAACUUCCUGCUGGCGAGGGCCACUAAAGGUGAUUUCAUCCUGAGACUUGAAGACACUGAUCAAAAUAGACUAGUUAAAGGAGCUGAAGAGAACAUAUACGAAACACUAAAAUGGCUGAAUGUAACUGUUGAUGAAGGUCCCGUUGAAGGAGGCCCCUUUUCCCCAUAUAAACAGAGUGAAAGGGAUUAUUCUAAUCACGUACAUCAAAUGAUCGAGACAGGUUCUGCUUAUAGAUGCUUUUGUAACAGAGAAAGACUAGAAGGGCUUAGAGAAUCUGCCAAACUACUGAAACCGCCUACCAACGUCACUUAUGAUAGGCAUUGUUUGAAAUACUCAAAGGCUGAAAGCGAUAAAUUAUCCAUGACUAAACCAUACACAAUUAGAUUCAGAUCCCCAGAUAAAUAUCCGCCAUUUGAAGACCUUCUACAUGGAUCUAUCAAUUUACAGCCUCAAAUAAAUCAAGAGGAUGUGAGAUACGACGAUCCAAUUUUGGUAAAAUCUGAUGGUCUUCCCACUUAUCAUUUCGCCAAUGUAAUAGACGAUCACUACAUGAACAUCACUCAUGUCAUCAGAGGUGAAGAGUGGUUACCUUCAACACCUAAACACAUCGCUCUUUAUAACAGCUUUAAUUGGAAGCCGCCUAAAUUUGUACAUAUUCCAUUAUUAACUUCCAUUGAGGACAAAAAGCUGAGCAAGAGAUCCGGAGAUAUUGAUAUAAUGUCCUUGAAGGCUAAAGGGUACCUUCCUGAGGCUUUGAUUAAUUUUGCUGUGCUUUUUGGUUGGGCUCCAAAGAGGUCAGUUGCUGGUCAAAAGCAGUCAGAAGUUAUGAGCCUUUCCAAGUUAGAAGAAGUAUUUUCCUUGGAUGAUUUGACGAAAGGAAAUGCCAAAGUUGAUUUCAAGAAGUUAGACUUCUUGAACAAACAUUACUUGAAUGAAUUUUUGAAAGACAAGAAGUUUUUCAACGAAUCGGUAGACGAAGUCAUCAGGCUUCUGGAAACAAAGGGAAUUUCUACUACGAGAUCAUAUGUGGAAAAAGUUCUCCAGACUGUGGGCUCAUUGACAACUUUGAACGAACUUUCUGAGGAACAGGUAUAUCUCUUUUCGAAACCAGUGCUAGCUGAAUUUCCCCAUGAAAACACUUUGAGUAUACUAAUUGCUUUCAGAGAGGCACUGAAAUGUCACGACGUCACAGAUGCCAUAAAUCUCACGGCUUCAAAAUACCCUAAGAAACAAGUUUUUGAAGCGGUUAGAUUUGCCAUUAGCGGGGGAGUUUCUGGUGUGAAGCUUCCCGUACUAGCAGAACUUCUUGGAUCGGAAAAUUUCAAUAGCAGGAUAAACGAUGCCAUUAAUCUGGCCCACAGGUAA